CCCGUCCCGUCCGCGGCCCCGGCCCGCCCUGCCCCGGAGCCACCCGGCCCGCGGACGCACCGCCCAUGCCCGCUCACGGCCGCCCGCCGGUAGCGGCUGACGCCUGCGGGGCCCGAGGAGGCGAUGGCUGCGGAUCUGGUGGUGCUGCUCUGCCUGGCCGCCGCCGCGGCCGCCGUGGAAGAAACUUUGAUGGAUACGCGGACGGCAACGGCCGAGCUGGGCUGGACUGCCAACCCACCUUCAGGGUGGGAAGAAGUCAGUGGCUACGACGAGAACCUCAACACCAUCCGUACGUACCAGGUGUGCAACGUCUUCGAGCCCAACCAGAACAACUGGCUCCUCACCACCUUCAUCAACCGGCGUGGGGCUCACCGCAUCUACACCGAGAUGCGCUUCACUGUGCGCGACUGCAGCAGCCUCCCCAACGUCCCCGGCUCCUGCAAGGAGACCUUCAACCUCUACUACUACGAGACAGACUCUGUCAUUGCCACCAAGAAGUCAGCCUUCUGGACGGAGGCACCCUACCUCAAAGUGGACACCAUCGCUGCUGACGAGAGCUUCUCCCAGGUGGACUUUGGGGGCCGGCUGAUGAAGGUGAACACAGAAGUGAGAAGUUUCGGGCCCCUGACCCGCAAUGGCUUUUACCUGGCUUUCCAGGACUACGGGGCUUGCAUGUCUCUGCUGUCUGUCAGGGUCUUCUUCAAGAAGUGCCCCAGCGUGGUGCAGAACUUCGCCAUCUUCCCGGAGACGAUGACGGGCGCGGAGAGCACGUCCCUGGUGACGGCGCGCGGCACCUGCAUCCCCAACGCCGAGGAGGUGGAUGUGCCCAUCAAGCUGUACUGCAAUGGCGAUGGCGAGUGGAUGGUGCCCAUCGGCCGCUGCACCUGCAAGGCUGGCUAUGAGCCCGAGAACAACGUGGCUUGCAAAGCCUGCCCUGCAGGGACGUUCAAGGCCAGCCAGGGCGCGGGGCUGUGCGUGCCGUGCCCCCCGAACAGCCGCUCCAGCGCCGAGGCCUCGCCGCUCUGCGCCUGCCGCAACGGCUACUACCGAGCCGACUUCGACCCGCCCGCCGCCGCCUGCACCAGUGUCCCAUCUGGCCCCCGCAACGUCAUCUCCAUCGUCAACGAGACGUCCAUCAUCCUGGAGUGGCACCCGCCGGAGACGGGCGGCCGGGACGACGUCACCUACAACAUCGUGUGCAAGAAGUGCCGCUCGGACCGGCGCGCCUGCUCCCGCUGCGACGACAAUGUGGACUUCGUGCCCCGCCAGCUGGGCCUCACCGACCAGCGCGUCUUCAUCAGCAACCUCUGGGCUCACACCCCCUACACCUUCGAGAUCCAGGCUGUCAAUGGCGUGUCCAGCAAGAGCCCCUUCCCUCAGCAGCACGUCUCUGUCAACAUCACCACCAACCAGGCCGCCCCCUCCACUGUGCCCAUCAUGCACCAGGUGAGUGCCACUAUGAGGAGCAUCACUCUGUCCUGGCCCCAGCCUGAGCAGCCCAACGGGAUCAUCCUGGACUACGAGAUCCGCUACUACGAGAAGCUGAGCCGCAUCUGCACGCCCGACGUGGGCAGCACCGUGGGCUCCAGGCCGGCCCCGGACCACAACGAGUACAACUCAUCCAUGGCGCGCAGCCAGACGAACACGGCGCGGCUGGAGGGGCUGCGGCCCGGCAUGGUCUACGUGGUGCAGGUGCGCGCCCGCACCGUGGCCGGCUACGGCAAGUACAGCGGCAAGAUGUGCUUCCAGACCCUCACCGAUGACGAUUACAAGUCAGAGCUGAGAGAGCAGCUGCCCCUGAUCGCGGGCUCUGCAGCAGCUGGGGUGGUCUUCAUCGUCUCCCUGGUGGCCAUUUCCAUCGUCUGCAGCAGGAAGCGUGCCUACAGCAAGGAGGCCGUGUACAGUGAUAAACUGCAGCACUACAGCACUGGCAGAGGGUCUCCAGGGAUGAAGAUCUACAUUGACCCCUUCACCUACGAGGACCCUAAUGAAGCCGUCCGAGAGUUCGCCAAGGAGAUCGAUGUGUCCUUUGUGAAGAUUGAAGAAGUCAUUGGGGCAGGGGAGUUUGGAGAGGUGUACAAAGGGCGCCUGAAGCUGCCAGGCAAGCGGGAGAUCUACGUGGCCAUCAAGACGCUCAAGGCUGGCUACUCGGAGAAGCAGCGCCGCGAUUUCCUGAGCGAGGCCAGCAUCAUGGGCCAGUUUGACCACCCCAACAUCAUCCGCCUGGAAGGGGUGGUCACCAAGAGCCGGCCGGUCAUGAUCAUCACAGAGUUCAUGGAGAACGGUGCCUUGGACUCCUUCCUGCGGCAAAACGAUGGCCAGUUCACAGUGAUCCAGCUGGUGGGAAUGCUCAGAGGGAUUGCUGCUGGGAUGAAGUACCUGGCAGAGAUGAAUUAUGUGCAUCGAGAUCUGGCUGCCAGGAACAUCCUGGUCAACAGCAACCUGGUGUGCAAAGUGUCCGACUUUGGCCUCUCGCGCUACCUGCAGGACGACACGUCUGACCCCACCUACACCAGCUCCCUGGGGGGCAAGAUCCCUGUCAGGUGGACAGCACCGGAGGCCAUUGCCUACCGCAAGUUCACCUCGGCCAGCGACGUCUGGAGCUACGGCAUCGUCAUGUGGGAGGUGAUGUCGUUCGGGGAGAGGCCCUACUGGGACAUGUCCAACCAAGAUGUCAUCAACGCCAUCGAGCAGGACUACCGGCUCCCGCCGCCCAUGGACUGCCCGGCCGCGCUGCACCAGCUGAUGCUGGACUGCUGGCAGAAGGACCGCAACACCCGCCCGCGCUUCACCGAGAUUGUCAACACCCUCGACAAAAUGAUCCGCAACCCGGCAAGCCUCAAAACUGUGGCGACCAUCACCGCUGUGCCUUCUCAGCCCCUCCUCGACCGCUCCAUCCCCGACUUCACUGCCUUUACCUCAGUAGAUGACUGGCUGAGCGCUGUGAAGAUGAGCCAGUACCGGGACAGCUUCCUGACCGCUGGCUUCACGUCCCUGCAGCUGGUGGCCCAGAUGACAUCCGAAGACCUCCUGAGAAUAGGGGUGACUUUGGCUGGGCACCAGAAGAAGAUCCUGAACAGCGUGCAGUCCAUGCGAGUACAGAUGAGCCAGUCUCCGACCUCGAUGGCAUGACGUCCCUUGUCCCAUGGGGAGGGGCCGGGGAGGGCAAAGGUGGGAGGGGAGGAACUGGCACGGGGCAGCGCUGCCAGAGGAGCCACUGCUGCCUGGGGACUGCCACUGCAGCCCGAGGAUGUUCCUGGGACUCACCUCUGACUGGUGACUUCCAUUCCUCACCAACAGAAGCACACUUACCAAUGUCAUGGGGGACAGCGUAUAAAUACGUAUAAAUAUGUACAAAUCAUAUAUUUAAAAAGCAAAGCAAAACAAAAAAA